AGAACAGAAAGAAAAACAGAAAAAAACAUAAAGAAAAAUCCAGCGUGAAGGAAGGAAGCAAAGGAGCGACAACAGUUGAAGGACUCUCUGCACCUGCAAGGAGCGGAAAAUCGUGUAAAAUUGUCAAUGCAGUGAGGCAAGUGCAGCGAGGAUUCCGCGUAAACCCAAGCGGCAGGAAGUGGGAAGAACUACUCGAGAGGACGAGCAUUUCGCAGCUGGAAGGAAGGAAGGAAGGUGCACAGCCGGCUGUGGCCAUGAACUACUACGACGAGGAGAUCACAAUCGGCGGAGGCGACUCCAAGCAUCUGAGCAGCGUUCAAAUGGAGCCGAGACUCGGUGCGGCAGUUGCUGCCAGAAGAGGUGGCAGUGGACCAGGAGCUGGAGCAGGAGAAGAAGGCAGAGGUGGACAAAGGGCGGCCGCAGGCAGGCAUCGAAGAAUGCUUCAGGGAAACAACUCCACCGAUGACGAUGGUCUCCUACAGGACAUCAUUGAUCACGAUGACGAGGCCGAGGACAGCGACGAGGACGAUGACAGCGAGAUGCAACUGCCCGACGGCAUGGGUAUGGGCAUGACAGCCCCAAGGCCUCAAACGCGACCAGGUAGCACUCGGAAUGCCAAGCCUCAGGCCCAGGACCAGGACCAGGACGAUCAAAUGAGUUCGGGCAGCGAUGAGGCAACACUGGGUGGAGGAGCGGUACCCAAGUUGCCGCAUCACAAGUUGGCACUGCCCAUGCAGCAGCGUCGCAGUGCAGGUCGGGCGGGGCCAAGCGGUGGCCAACGACAGGAGCCGUCCUUCAACCUGACGCCGGACAAGUGGGAACAGCUGCCACUGCAGCAGGACCUCAAAGACAUAUUCCCCUACAUCCUGAAGUACACGCCGCAGACGAUUGACACGCCCUAUCACCUGCAGCCGUUCAUUCCGGAAUUUGUACCCGCUGUGGGCGAUGUGGAUGCUCUGCUGAAGGUGCAGGCGCCACCUCUGCUCCAGCCACAGCGUCAGCGGGAGCUGGACGAGCACUUGGAGCGAUUGGGUCUGUGGCUAUUGGAUGAGCCAUCGGGCACGCAGAGCGAACCCAGUCUCCUCAAUAUGAAACUCCGUUCCGUGUUGAGUGGCAGUCGAGGUAGAAACCCGCGGCACGCAUCCUCGGCUGCCUUGGUACCCACCGCGAGAUCGGCCAAGGACAUUGACAAGUGGAUCGGUGAGGUGGAGCAGGUGCACAUGACCCAAUCCCUGUACGAUGCCCAGCCCCGCAAGGACAUUGACGCUCUGCUCGAGGACUGGCCACGCUCCUAUGCCGAUGCGGAGACUAAGGAUGCCCUGGAUCAGGCCUACCGUUCCUGCCUGCAGCAACAUCUCCCGCUGGCCGACUAUGUGCGCGUGCUAUGCGAAAGGUUUGGCAUCGAGGGACCCCUGGACUCCCAGGCGGAUUACAUACACAACGUCCAGACACUCUUUGCCCUGUACCUGGCCGCCAGCCAGGCAUGGGAGUAGGUGGCCAUGCGAAUGAGUAUAAGGGUGGAGGUGGAUGUGGAGGCAGGUGAUGCCUGGCCCCACUAAUAACGCUAAUGGCUUCGAUUAAGUGACAGCCAGACGCCGUUUGUUUGCCUUUGUUGCCUCCACGCAGGAUGCCACGGAUGCCACGAAUGCAGAGAAUGCCACGGCUGGAGCUUCGGCUUCUGCUCUGUUCUAUUCUGGCAUUAAAUCGCUUGGAAAAUGGUCAACCCAUAACCUGCUUGUUUGAUGUGGGAGAUGGGAAAGGUAAUGGUAAUGGAGGGGAUGGGAUGGGAUGGCUUGAUUGGAGGUGAACUAAGUUCCAUUUCUGGCGAGGAACUGUUUGCUUUGGCUAAUGAGGGACGACCAAUCAAGUACUUAGCUGCAUUACAUCUGCAAAUGACAGAGCAUGUAAGAAAAUCUGAUAAAUUUGAUCUACAGAUUUAUUGGUCAUGGGAUUGCUAAAACAUAGAUUCCAGAGUGUGUGCUUUAUUAUACAUAUUGAUAUAUGCACAUAUCUUCAGAUACAGCAAUUGUAUUGACAAAAAUACAAAAUCCUAUAAAAGUUCAUACAGUUCCCUUUCCAACCCAUCAAUGCGUUUGGAUAUACAUAGGUAUGGCAAAAGCCGAGUGAAAAUUAUGAGAGUGCUAUGAUAAUUAUAAUAAUAAACCAUGUAAGAACAUCAUAAAUUUA